ACUGGACAGACAUCGUUCUUUGUCCAAGAGACUGACAAAAACAGUUUUAUCAGGGUCUGCAUUGGAAAAGAAAAGUCGUGGUAUUUCACGCGAGGAGGACCAUGAAUUCUCUCAUCAUGAUGGAUUGGUUGACAUGUAUAUUGAAGACAUACUUCAUACUGGAGAAAAGAUGCAAGUACUCACCCCCAAGAAAGAAUACUAACAUCAGAGCCAAGAUGACUGUGUACCAGUUACUAAAACAUGAUAUCAAGGUAUGGUAUAGAAGGUGGAAAAUCAAAGGUACAGAAAAUCCUAUCUUCAAGUCUUAUAUCAAGUACAUAGAAAGUAAUUUUGGUUCUAGUAUUGGUUCUUUAUUUGUGUUUGUUAGAUGGGUCAUCCUGUUGAACUUGUUCCUGUCAUGUUUCUGGUUAUCAGUGGUUGUCAUACCAACAGCCAUAACAUUUAACUACAACAACAUCUCGCAAGAUUUGGAGUGGAUGAACUUCAUUGAUGGAGAGGGAGCUAUUAGGGAGACCUGGCUGUUUUAUGGAGGUUAUCCAGAUGUCAUUGAUGGAGUGUAUCACAUUGCACUGGCCUAUUUAAUGAUGAUCCUGGUGACAUACUUUGGUAGUCUGUUUGUUAUUCUCAAUAGUUUAGGAGGAUCGGAUAGACCAAAAUCAGCUACAUUUUCUUCAAGAUUUAAGUUUUCAUCAAUACUAUUUUCUUCCUGGGACCAUGGUGUUACAUCUUCAGAUGCCUCAAAUAAUCUAAGUGUGGGAAUAGCUAGUGUUCGUGUUCUGUUCCAUAUUUUGAUUGGUGGAGGAUGUGGUACCAUUGUAUGGUUGGUACUGUAUGAGAAGUUUUCUGACAGUAAAGAUUUCCUGAGCGUGUACCUACCAUCUAUUAUCUUCAGUUUGAUCAACAUCCUUAUACCACUGAUUGUUUCCAUGUUACCAGCUAAAAUAGAACAUUAUUCCAGUGGGAAAAAAGAGCUGCUUAUUACACUGUCAAGAAUCUUUAUCCUUAGAAUGGCUAACUUGUUUGCUCUUAUUGUUACACUCUACAAAAACUCUACAGAACUAACAGGAGGGUGUACAGGGACUGUGAUUGGACAGGAAUUUUACAAGCUGGUUAUUAUGGAUACAAUUGUGCAUGCGGUUGUAAGUACUGUGAUCAGUAUAGCAAAGUAUAAAUGGACCAAAGAGAAAUCAGAGUUUAAUAUUUCAUCAGCUGUAUUGGUUUUGAUCUACAGACAGGGAUUAGUCUGGGUAGGAACUAUAGCUUGCCCUGUGAUGCCACUGUUGGGUGCCUUGUCUAGUCUGGUCUUCUUUUUCCUGAAUUAUGCCAUAAUUAAAUAUACAUGUAAACCACCCAUCAAGAGAUGGAACCAGUCUCGUAACACAGCAUUAAUUAUGGGAUUCCUGCUGACAACUCUUGUGGUUAUUAUAGCACCUGUAUCUGUAGUUGUUGGAAGUCACCAAGUUAUACAGCUUGGCCAGACUUCAGUCCCUGGGAAAUAUUGUGGUCCAUUCAGUGACAAGAAACCAACAGAAGCCUAUGGAAAGUUCAAAAGACAACUAAACCUAGAUAUAGUAAAGGAGAUCCUACAAUGGCUAUUGUCUGAUUCAGUUCUCAUUCCUCUCUUUCUUAUCCUUGUAUCAUUUUUGAGCUACCAGAGAAAUAUGUUAGCAGGGGAGAAACAACAUCUUCUUCUACUCCAGGCAGAACUUACUUAUGAAAGAGAAGAUAAUCGACAACGAAUGAAAAAAAUGCAAGAACUUGGAAUCAUGUGGAACUAAUGACUUUUGUGGAUCACUUGAAUUUGAGAGAGAACUGCUUUGAACAUUAAACUCUACACAUUAAUUAGCAUGGAAUUAAGAACUUGGACUUUCUAUUGAAGACUGGGGACUUCAAUGAUAUUCAGUCACUACACAAUACUGAACUGUGUAGUUUUUUUUAGCUCACCUUGGCCUUCUGGCCAGGUAAGCUAUUGCCAUCACUUUGAGUCUGUUGUCCAUUGUCUGUCGUUUUUAUUUCAAAAUCUUCUCCCACAAACCACUCGAUGGAUUGAAAAUCAAAAUUGGCUGCUUCAUCUGUCCUUUUUUGGAGU